UCUGCUGGAACACUUUCAGCUCUCUAGUGCUUGUUUUCAGUUAGUUUUCAGUACCUUUUCCUUUGUUUACUGUCAUUUCUUUAUCUUCUAGCCCAAAUUGUGGGAAAAAUGAGCGAAUCCUUUGUUCCAAAAAGGAAACAAACUCUACUCGAGAAAUAUGACGUACCAUUGGAGAAAUUAUCAUUUGAAUUCAUUAAAGACUGUUCGGAUUCCAAGAUGCUGGAAAAAAUUGUCAAAAUCCUACGAUCGCAGGAGGAGGGUUACUAUCCUCAGUUACAGGAAGCAGCUGAAACUCGUCUUAGAAAAGUAGAUCCCAGCCACAAACUUCUCCGAGUCUUGGAACCUGUAACAAAAAGCAUAUACCCAUCAGCAAGCACAGUUCAAGCUCUGCAAGAUCUGCAGGAAUGGUCUUCUAAAAUCUCAGCUGUUGAUAAAGAAUUAUCUCAUUUGAAAUACUCGACAAUGCCAAGUUACCCUGAAGUGAGAAACGCUUCCUGUAGCAGCAAUAUCAAUACCUCUGAAACAGCGAAAACCAAGCGAACUACCAAAACAACCGAUUACUCUUCCUGGGACAAGUACGAUCCAGAUGCUGAGCUUCUGAAGUUAGAAGUUGAAGAAGAGAAAAAGAAAGCUGAGCGGAAACGAGAGAGGGAGAAGAAGCAAAAAGAAGAAAAUGAAAGGCGGGCAGAAGAGUUAUCAAAGAUGUCCAACGAAAGCAUGCUACUGGCAGCAGCAGAGAGAGAAAGAAUUUCGGAAGAAAAACGUAUCAAAGGCAACGAAUACUUUAAAGCGAAAGACUAUCCUCUGGCAGUUAAGUAUUAUUCCGAAAGUAUAGCCAUUCAAGACACUGCAGCGGCAUAUUGUAACCGGGCCCUGGCUUAUAUGAAACUAAAUGAAAACUACCUUGCAAUCAAUGACUGCUCUGCAUGUUUGUACUAUGAACCCAACAAUGUCAAGGCACUCUUUCGGCGAGCCCAGGCUUUACAAUCUGAAAAACAGUAUCAUGCGGCAAUCAAAGAUGUCACAUAUCUAUUGGAAAUCGAGCCUAGUAAUUCUGCUGCGAUAACUUUAAGAAAUUCAUUGUUAAAUCAAAUUGGAGCUAAUCAAUUAGUUGGAAGGAGAAGUAUUUUUAAGAGGAGGAUCAUGGUGGAAGAUGAUGAAAGUUUCUCAGAUGGUUGCGUAAAAAUCAUUGAAGUUUCGGACGAUGAACUUCGUAAAUUCAGCAGAUAUGAAUAUGUAGAACUGAAUGAGAAAAACCAGCUAAAAGAAAUGUGCAUGUGUAGCUUAGAUGUCAACUAUCACAGGCGUUCAGAAGAAAUCUUCCGCACUGGAAAUUCACUUAUAAGUUCUCCAUUCUAUCGCAUCACACGCGUCAAACAUUGCUAUCCAGUCAAAGUUGACACGAAUAGACCCAGUACUUCCGCAAUUAUUAAUUCAAACUACCUACAUUUUGGAAUAAACACAAAUUAUCGAACACCUGUGAGAAAUAUAUUUGUCGUUCCAGAUUCGGAGAAGAACCUAGCCCUCAACAGCAGCAAUCUCAACCAGCGCAGUUCAAGUGCAACGUCCUCUACGAAUCUGAACAAGAUGUUCGAUUUUAGACCCAAACAGAAUAUCAAUGAGGCAAUAACAUCUAAAGCGCCCCUCGGAGAGAGGCACAAAGGCGUUUUGAAAAACGAUCUUCAAAAGAUCAUGGAGGUUAGUCGCGGUAUCGCUGAAAAAAGAGUUGAUAACUUGUCAACGCGGCUAGAAAUAUUAGAAAUUGACUCUUCAGUGACAAACGGUGGAAAAGCUAGCUCGAAUGGUUUCAUAAUCAAUGAGAAAUCGGAAUCGCCGAAUGUUGUAAAUAGUGUAAAAAAAAGUAAUGCUCCUUGUGGCAGCGUAAGUUCACUUGGGGCAGGAGAACCUGGUCCUGAAAAAGCAUCAGAGCCUCCGAGUAUUGUUAAAGACAUAUCCAAUGGCAGUAAAGACACAGCAGAUAAAAGUAAGGUUAAAGUCAAUGGAUGGAUAAUGGACAGCACGGAGAAAGAGAAGGACUCCAAUUUAGUCAAUAACAACGGUCCAAUUUCUACUCAGUGUCAUGUGGAAGGUGAGAGUGGCUCGUGUGGUAAAGAAAGACCAAAAAUGAACGGAUUCAAGCACUCAAAUGAAGAUUUAGUGAAAGAUACGGAAGUGUGCAAAGGAAGUGAGCAGAGUAGCGGAGUAAAGUCCAACACAAGUAUGGUGAACGGUCAUUGCUCUAUCAACGGUUUGACGCCUUUCCAAUUUAGGAGUCGGUGGCAGAAUGUGGAGAAGUCGGAGGACUUGUCAGAAUAUGAGAUGCUUUUACGACAGGUUAAACCUUCUGCUUUAUCUUCAGUCAUCACCAAUCAACUAGAUGAUCGUAUGCUCUCAACAAUGCUCUCAGUUCUGCGAUCCCGUUUCAACUUAAAGGAAGAAUCCAGUUUAGUCAUAGAUUAUUUAAUAGCCAUAGCAGAAUUAGAAAGGUUUGGCAUCGCUUUAUGCCUGCUGUCACCGCCUGACGUAAAAGUGGCUCGCGGAUUAUUCAGUGAUCUUGAAUCGGUAAUACAAGUUGAUCUGAAACGAUUAUCCCAAUUCAUCCAACUGAAGCAGGCGUAUCUGUGCUGAAGAAACUGUCAGUCAGGUCUUCCUGAAAAUUUCUAUUGUGGUAGUUGUUCCCGUUGAAGAACCUAGGUUCUAAAAUUAAGUUAAGUCGACGACCUAUGAAGGUAAAAAUAUGUACUGUGUUUACAAUUCGUUUAGCUUUUGACUAACUGAAGCUGAUCUGAAAGUUUUGUAUUUUCGCAGAGAAAUCAUCUGUGUAUCACAACUUUAUCACUGAUCUUUUGGAAUUAUUGCGCUGCGAACCAAGUGCUCCUCUUCCCCCUCCCCCCUCCCUCGAGUUGUUUUUAUGCAACUGGAGUUCACAAAUUUUUAUACUUUACUCAGAAUGAAAUAUCAUGAGAUCCAAAAUAACCACAAAUAACUAGCUGAUUGAAAAUGUGUAAAAUUUAGCGAUGAUAGUGGUCGAAAAACUUUCUGUAAAGAACUGAUGCCAGCUUUUAAAAUUUGAUUUUGAAAUGUUGAAAAUACUUUGAACUUUGAAAUCCCAAACCGAGCCAGUAGAAUUAAACAGGGUUGUCACAGUCAUGGAACACUGGGAAAUGUCAGAGACUUUCAAAAAGUCAGUGAAAACCUAAAAAUGUCAUAGAAAACGACAAAAGUGUCCGGGGAAAAUUAUUAAGUCACCUUUAUAUGCUUUCUUUAGCGAAUUUGGCGUUUUGAACACCAAAUUUUGCGUAAAAGCUUUUUCAACUUAUGUCUUUUUAAUCAUUUGGGAUCCUUGAUUGUCAGGCAAUUUUACCUAAAUGUGUGAGGGAAAUGUCAGAGAAUUUCAUUUUCCAAAUUCUGUGGCAAUCCUGUGUUGGAAACACACAAUUUUAGUAAAAUUGUACAAUGGGUUUGUUGCAGACAAGAGAUAAAGCCUAAUAAAUUUACUCUUUAUGGGUGAAAUCUCACAAAAAUCACGUUGGGCAUGUCAAAGAAAUCUGAAAUCUAUCCUUAGGUUGCAAUCUGCGUAAUUUGUAACAUGCUGUUUAAGUGUCCUGCAUCUGCAGGCAGUUUUUUUAGUUGCCGCUGACCAGGUUUGCAUAGGCAGAUGAAUAAGAAAAAUUAACUUGAAUGAACAAACGAUUUCACUCAUUUUAUCUAUGGUAUUAUUUCAUUCACUUUGAAGCAUUUGUUUCCUUUUUUCUUCAUUUUGCAAAAACUAGAGCUUUGAAUCAAUUGAAAUAUUACGCAAGGAGAGCUUCUAACACUUUGCAAGAUUGUUUGUUUAUUCAAGUUAGGCCUCUCUCCGGGCAAACCUGUCUGCUGGCCAUCACGAAAAACUGCCCGCAUGCGCAGUAUAUUUAAAAAAGCAUAUCACAAACUACGCAGAUUGCGCGUCAAUGAGUGGAUUUCAGAAUUUUUUCAUGUGCCGAACGUGAUUUUUAAGUGAAUUAACCCUAAAAAAGUGUAUAUAGUUGGCUGUAUCUCUUGCGUGCAACAGACCCAUGUCAAUGACUAUGCAUUAGGCCCAUCAGGAAACAAAGGAAAAAGUUUGGUGUCCGCUGUAAGAUGUUUAGUGAACACACUUGUCCUUAUGACUAGAAUUUACCUACAUGAAUAUUUUUUUUUAAAGUACCUCAAAGUUUCUUGGAAAGCUGUGUCAGUAUUUUAUCUCAGUCAAUACGAAUAUCAUCACUAACUGUCAUAACCCUGGUCUGCCAUCAUUUUAAAGUUACAUAGGUAGAAAUUUUAAGAUGUUCCGUGAAACAUCCUCAACUUAAGCUCUCCUUGAGAGCUCUGCGCACUUUUAAAAUCUGAAAUGUUUUUAGUCUGCUCAAGCAGAAUCCAUUGAGCGUCUUAAUGUUUCGACCUAAUAAUCUAGUUUUGAAUAAGACUGAUCAAUUUAACUGUACUAAAGUGACCAACGAAUUGAACCUGUAAUUGGACGUAUUUCUAUCAAUCAAAACUAUGUGCAUUAUGACGUUAGCCCUGAUAGGCUCAUAUCCUUAUGGGUCUCAGGGCUCAUGUCUUAAUGCACAUAGUUCCAUUUGAUAGAAAUACAUCCAAUCAGUUCUUCCCUCAUUUUAACAUCGCAUCAAUAUUGUUCCUUUUUCUCUGUUACUUAAGAAGUCACA